GCAUUUCUCUGCAUGUCUUCCUUAUUGACGUUGCUCCAGAAAUGUGAAUUUUUCUUUUAAUGUUCACCUUUCUUUUUUUUCUGUAACUGUACCCAGGAAUUAAUUCACCAUGAAAACGAGAUUCACCACGGUGGAUAUCAGGGCAGUUCUUGCCGAAAUCAAUGCCAACUACAUGGGCAUGAGAGUGAACAACGUGUAUGACAUCGAUAAUAAGACGUAUCUCAUCCGUCUGCAAAAGCCUGAUAGCAAAGCUGUUCUCCUGAUUGAAUCUGGGACUCGGAUUCACUCCACAGACUUCGAAUGGCCCAAGAACAUGAUGCCUUCAGGCUUUGCAAUGAAAUGUCGAAAACAUCUGAAAACACGGCGACUGACCCAGGUCAAGCAGCUUGGGAUUGACAGGAUUGUUGACAUCCAGUUUGGUUCAGAUGAGGCCGCCUACCACUUGAUCAUUGAACUUUACGACAGGGGUAACAUCAUACUUGCAGACCACGAGUACAUGAUCCUGAAUCUGCUGAGGUUUCGUAACGCAGAGGCAGAAGAUGUUAAGAUUGCUGUGAGAGAGCGAUACCCCGUGGAGAGUGCCAGACCCCCUGAACCCCUCAUCAGCUUGGAGGGACUCUCUGAAAUCCUCAGCAAAGCCCCAAAUGGAGAGCAGGUGAAAAGAGUCCUGAACCCUCACCUCCCCUACGGAGCCACUCUGAUAGAACAUAGUUUGAUAGAAGCAGGACUGCCAGGCUUCGUCAAAGUUGACAGUCAGGUUGAUGCAGCCCAAGUUGCACCUAAAAUCCUGGAAGCUCUGCAGAUUGCAGAAACAUACAUGGAAAAAACUGAGAACUUCAGUGGCAAAGGUUACAUCAUUCAGAAAAGUGAAAAGAAACCAAGUUUAACUCCGGGCAAACCCAGUGAAGAACUUCUUACAUAUGAUGAAUUCCAUCCAUUCCUCUUUGCCCAGCAUGCAAAGAGCCCUUAUUUGGAGUUUGACACUUUUGACAAGGCAGUGGAUGAGUUCUUUUCUAAGAUGGAGAGCCAAAAGAUCGACAUGAAGGCCUUGCAGCAGGAGAAACAGGCUCUGAAGAAGUUGGAAAACGUGAAGAAGGACCACGAGCAGAGGCUGGAGGCUUUGCACCAAGCACAGGAGGUGGAUAGAAUAAAGGGUGAACUGGUGGAGAUGAACCUGUCAGUGGUGGAGAGGGCGCUGCAGGUGGUGCGCAGCGCUCUGGCCAACCAGGUGGACUGGACUGAGAUCGGCAUCAUUGUCAAAGAAGCACAAGCUGCUGGAGACCCCGUGGCGUGUGCCAUCAAGGAGCUGAAGCUGCAGACCAAUCAUAUCACCAUGCUUUUAAAGAAUCCAUAUAUUUCUGAGGAGGACCAGGAAGAGGAAGAGAACAAAGACAUAGUGGAGGAGAAAGGGAAGAAAAACAAAAAUAAAGACAAGGGGCAGAACAAGAAGCCGCAGAGGAACAAGCCCAUGUUGGUGGAUGUGGAUCUUGGCCUGUCAGCUUAUGCUAAUGCCAAGAAGUACUACGACUACAAGCGCACUGCUGAGAAGAAGGAACAGAAAACCAUUGAAGCAGCAGAUAAGGCGAUGAAAUCUGCUGAGAAAAAAACACAGCAAACACUAAAAGAUGUCCAGACAGUAACCACCAUUCAGAAGGCCAGGAAAGUCUACUGGUUUGAAAAGUUCCUGUGGUUCAUCAGCUCAGAGAAUUACCUCGUCAUUGCAGGAAGAGACCAGCAGCAGAACGAGAUGAUUGUGAAACGCUACCUCCGGACCGGUGAUAUCUACGUUCACGCUGACCUCCAUGGAGCAACUAGUUGUGUCAUCAAAAACCCCUCAGGGGAUCCUAUCCCUCCUCGUACCCUGACAGAAGCUGGCACGAUGGCCGUGUGCUACAGCGCCGCAUGGGAUGCCAAGAUUAUCACCAGUGCUUGGUGGGUUCAUCAUCACCAGGUGUCUAAGACAGCUCCCACUGGAGAGUACCUAACCACUGGAAGCUUCAUGAUCAGAGGAAAGAAAAACUUUCUCCCUCCUUCUUACUUGAUAAUGGGCUUUGGAUUCCUUUUCAAGGUGGAUGAGCAAAGUGUGUUUCGGCACCGUGGAGAGCGGAAGGUGAAAACGGUAGAGGAGGACAUGGAGGAGGUCACGUCCAGAACUGCUGAGCUGUUAGAGGAGGGAGAGGAGCUGAUAGAUGAUGACAGCAGCAACGAAGAUCAGGGUGAAGAGAAAGCAGGAGAUGGAGAGACCAAGGAGGUGGGAAAGAAGAUUAAAAAGGAAAAGGUACAGGAGGAGGAUGGAGAAACAGACGCUGCAGCAAGUAGAGGAGAGAUGCUGUCUGAGCAGAGCAACAUGGAGGAAGAAGAGUGUCGAGAGGAAGACAGUGGUCAGGAAAACGAGAUGAAGGACGAAGAGAGUGAAGAAUUCAGCUUUCCAGAUACAACUAUCUCCCUCUCUCAUUUACAACCUAGCAGGAGCACUCAGAACCCCGGCUUCAAAAAAGAAACCAUCACCCAGGCUGAUGCAGAUUCACAAGGGAAGAAACACAUGACAGCCAAGCAGAGAAGAGAAGAGAAGAAGAAGAAGCAGAAACAGGAAGGCUAUGACGUCGAGGAGAAGCCUGAGGUUUCAUCCAGUGGAUCAGCGGUGGAUCAGGGCUCCAAAAGUGGAGGAGGGCCGUCCCAGCCGCCACUGAAGAGAGGUCAGAAGAACAAACUGAAGAAGAUCAAAGAGAAGUACAAAGACCAGGAUGAAGAGGACAGAGAACUGAUGAUGCAGCUGCUUGGGUCAGCCGGUUCCACAAAGGAGGAGAAGGAGAAGGGGAAGAAAGGAAAGAAAGGGAAGGGGAAAGAGGAACCUGUCAGGAAACCGGCCUCUCAGAAACAACAGCAGAAACCUCGUAGUGUGGAGACAGCUGUGAAGAAACCAGAGCAGACUGGAGGGGAGGAGGAGGAGAGGCAGCCUGGAGAGGAGGGAGGUCCUGCAGAACAGGAGGAUAAGGAAGACGAUGUGGACCAGGACAAUCCGGGAGCAGAGGAAGCAGAGAAUUUGCUCACCUCCCUGACAGGCCAGCCUCAUUCUGAGGAUGUGUUGCUGUUUGCAGUGCCAGUCUGUGCUCCAUACACUGCCCUUUCCAGCUACAAACACAAAGUGAAACUGACACCAGGCUCUCAGAAGAAAGGAAAAGCUGCACGCACUGCAGUGCUCAGCUUCAUGAAAGCCAAAGAGGCCUCAACCAGAGAGAAGGACCUGUUCCGCAGUGUCAAGGAUUCAGACCUCUCCAGAAAUAUGCCAGGAAAAGUAAAGGUGUCUGCUCCAAACCUGCUGGCUGCCAAGAAGAAAUGAGAGAUGGCUGAAUACAGAAAUGGCAAGACUGACGAAAUUUACAGUAUUUCAUCAGCACAGAACUGCAGUUUAAUUCAGUUCAGUGAGCAAAUUCAAACAUGGGGGCUGCAAGUUGUUCAUCACUACCCUGCCCUCAUUGGAAUAUGAAUUUUUAUUUUAAAGAUUGAUUGUAUUUGUUGGUCAGCAACAUGUAAAUGAACAAAGUUGAAUAACA